UCUGUGCUCGAGCGUGGUGUUGCAAGUGCGUCGACACUCUGCAGUCUCUAGUGCACUCGAUCACCGACAAAUAAAUGCAAAUGGGGCUUUUCUUUCAUGCUCACAUUGCCUUCACCCAACAUUCGCGCCUACACAACGCACAUGGCCGGCCUUCUACGCACCCCACCCCCCCAUACUCCAGGCCCCAGGAAGCCACCUUGUCAGCAGCAGCAAUGCAUAGUAGCCUCCGACAACAUUAUCCAGCGGAGCGGAUCUCGCGUCUUGAACGCCUGGACGACUUGCUUGACGGAAAGCUCGAAGGCGAACUCGUCAAAACUCUUCCGGGCCUUGUUUCUCUUGUUGUCCUGUUCCUUGUCUCUUGACCCCCAGCCUGUAGGCCUGAUCUCCGCCGCCCGAGGGAUAACCCACACGAUCACCCACCGCUUGACCUUCUCCAGCGCCUUGCUGGCUUUCAUCUCCUGGUCGAUCAGCUCCUCGGUGAACGUGGCCGUACCGUGCCCCUUGUCGAUCGUGGCUUGGAACAGAUAGGCCGUCGUCCCAGACACGUAGAGUGAGUCGACGGCCUUCUGCCUGCCCACCUUUGGCUGCCAGAGUCCAUCUUUGUCGAUGUCUGAGUAAUCCUCGAACUCGUAGCGCUCCGCCGACCCAAGUGAUAGAUACUCGGAUGCUGGUUGUUGUUCUAUGCGGCUCCUGGCGUAACGAGUGCGGUUGUCCUUCACGCGUUGUUGCUGGCUCUCCAGGCUCUCGAGGGGGAUGUCGCUCUUCGCAUCUCUCAGAAAGCGACUCACUAUCGCCUCAAACAUGCGGCCUCUCUGAGAGCCCUCAGCAGUAUGGGCGGCCUCAGCAGUAUGGGCGGCCUCGAUGAUCCAGUUCAUGAAUAGUCCCAGUUGCCGCUCGUUCAGCUCCUUCACGAACAUGGCCAGCGGGCCAGGCGCGCGCCAGACGACAUUCGAAAAGGCGUAGCCGUAGUCUCCCUCGGUUGUGACAUUGAUGCUCAUUAGCACAGCCUGGGGCAUUUCGUCGGGAUCGACGCCUGACAGGCGCCAAAAAAAGUGCCAUGUGUACCUGGCCAAUUCACUCAGGCUCUUCACAGCCCUUACCUGACAGCCAAGUCUUCAUCGAGUCGAAGUCCACUAUUCUGGCACUACUCUCAGCACGUCGCCGGAGUUUCGACACUGGGGUGUAAAACUCGCGGAUGUUACUGCCCGCGAACAAACGGCACUCCUCGAUCUCGUCAUCAGUCCACUUGGGCUCCAUUACGUGCUUGAACAGCCGGUCGAUCUCGUCGUCAGGCCAGAGCGGAAAAACGAGAUCCUCCACGAUGUACUUCUUGAAGCCGCUGUAAUCGUCUGGUGUGCGGGAACAUGCGGCCAAGACUGCCGGGCCGCUCCAGAAGCGAUAGCCCUCCCGUCCGUCUGUUGGGACAGAAAGAAAGAGCAUGCACAGACAGUCGAUACAGGAGGCGUGGAUCUCACCGAUUAGUAGCCAGUUGCGACGAUUGGCGCCCACGUCACCGAUUCCAUCGCCCUCGCCUGAUGGGCUCCCCAACGUAUCCUCCAGACGCGACUUGUCCACCAUUUUAAAGACGCCGCCUCGCAUGAGCUCGUAGACAUCCUUGUCAGGAGCUCCUCCCCGCCGUGAGUUGUCAACAUACCAGAUAACAAACUCCUCUUCCUCCAUACGUCCCGCGAGCACGGCCAUCAGGAAGUAGAGGAAGAAACUCUUGCCCACGCCAGACGAACCACGCAUCAGCAUAUGAGGGAGAGAUGUGUCAGGGGUCGUCUUGGCGGCGCUCAACAUGAUCUCGGCCAGCUCGAUGUACGCUUUGCGGACCAUGACUUGUGUGCCGCCAAUGAGGUCGAUCGUGUCGUACGGCUGGACUUUGUCGAGAUGAAGGGGAGUCAGAUGUUCCCAAAACGUCUUGAAAUCAGCAGGCUUCUCCAGCCCCAUCGGCGGCGGUAUCCGCUUCUGAGUGACAGCAUGGUGGAUGAACGAGUGCUGCACACGCAUGCACGCACCUCUUGCUUGGCAUCGCCGGCCUGAGCACAUAGCCGGCUCGGAGGAGAGCCAUCCAGGUGAGCUCCAGGCGGAGCGAUGAAAGCCACAGGGAAGGGCAGGCGCCUGCCGUCGACGAAUGCAGCGGAGAUGAGGCACACGGCAAAGAGAGAGGACGCACUCAUGCUUGUGCGGUGUCGAAGUGCCGCAGAUCUGCAUCGACAGAAAAGGCGAGGGACGCUACUAAGAGCAUGGAACGACUGGGAGAACCACCAGAUCUCUGAUCUAUGAGUGCAACGUUGCACGCCUUUGCACCUACCGAAGCAGCCGCGAGAAAAGGCUGAUAGACGCUCAAGAUGACUUAAUCAACACAGUCCCUUGUCGGCCACGUGGAUCGCUUGUGUGACAAAGGGAACCGGGGCACCUCUUCG